GCGCCGUUUAAAUCUCUUGUCUUGGUUCUUGACGCCGUGUAAACGGAAUCCUUCACCGAGCUUUUCAUGCUGUAGUUUGUGAAGGAUAAACUUUGAAACUGAAGAAUCUAUGUGUUUUGAGUGGAGAUAGGAUUUGAGAAGAGUGAAAGAAGUGGCGAUGGAGUCACCAAAAUGGUGGUGGAUUGGAAACCACAACACCACUAGUUUCUCUGCGUGGCUUCAUUCUACUCUCUCUGAGUUGGAUGAAAAGACAAAGGAAAUGCUGCGAGUGAUUGAUGAGGAUGCGGAUACUUUUGCCGCACGAGCUGAGAUGUACUAUAAGAAGAGGCCUGAGCUUGUUGCCAUGGUCGAAGAUUUCUACCGUUCGCAUCGCUCCUUAGCCGAGAGGCACGACUUGUUGCGACCCUCUUCUGCUCACAAACAUGGCUCAGAGAAUCAUCAUAAGACUUGCAAUGAGUCUUCUUGCCCCGACUCCAAGGCUUGUGAGACUCAUGACCACUACGCUGAGUCUGAAGUGGAUGACGGUGAAAACAAAUGGCUCGAUGAAGGUGAGUCAUCCCCAGUCGAUUAUGGUGAAGCCAAUGAGAAUUAUCAGAUGAUGAAGGAAGAGAUGGAGAGGCUGAGGGAGGAGAAUAAGUUUUACAGUGAAAUGGUGAGAGAGAAAGAUGACGAGAAGAGAGAAGCUAUAAGGCAGAUGAGUUUAGCGAUCGACAUGCUCAAAGAAGAGAACUCGGAGCUCAAGGGAUGUGUUUCUUCUGUUGUUGCAAAGCAUAGUAAUAAGGAAAAUGAUGUUUCUCAGAGGAAGCAACAGAUGCGGAAGCCAUAUUCGAGUUUAAGAAGAUUAGGCUUGAAGGGCUUUUGGGGAGGGUAGUAGGCAAAUGGGUUCUCCCAAAGACGGAUUCUACUUCCCGAGAGAGCUCAUGACUCUUUGAAAACAUCAGAGAGGCAUGUGUGAUCAAGAAGAGAAACUGAGCAACUUUCUCAAAGUGUCUUUGUAAUCUGUGACAGGUACGAGUAUACUCAAUUAGUUAGUGUAAGGCUUGAUAGGAUUGUAGUUAUAUAUCUAAGUGGUCUAUGCAUGUUUGUUUUACACUUUCUGUUCAUUUAAUUUGUUCUUUCUUUUGGAAGUCAAUCUUUUGUUCUUUAAUUCUGCAAGUUUCUCGUUGUUGUUGUGUGUAUUAAGGCAAUGAGGUUAACAGACUACCAUGA